CUGGACUUCAGACCUUCUGCAGCUGGAGAGAGGAAGAGGCCAAGCUCCAGUUUGCCCAUUGCAAAGAAAAGAGAAAGAGAUUGAGGGGCCAUGGAUCUUUUGGGGACCACGGCCAUCUUCUUGGUGGUCUUCCUGGUCCUUCUGGUGGCCUGGAGGAAAGUGGAGGCCAAGAGGAGGAACUGGCCCCCGGGGCCAACCCCUCUUCCCAUCAUUGGAAAUCUCCUCCAAUUGAAGGGCACCAACAUUCCAGAACAGCUGAAGAAGCUGGGUGCCAAAUAUGGGCCCAUCUUCAUGGUCUAUUUCGGCUCAAAUCAAGUGGUGGCCGUCCAUGGCUAUGACGUGGUGAAGAAGGUCCUUGUGGACAAUGCAGAUGAUUUCCUUGACCGGGGAAGCUUCCCGUCAGCACAGAAACUCAGCAAAGGACUCGGUGUGUUAAUGUCCAAUGGUGAGCGCUGGGUCCAGAUCCGCCGUUUCUCCCUCACAACCUUGAGGAACUUUGGGAUGGGGAAGAAAGGCAUCGAGGAAUGGAUCCAGGAGGAGGCCCAGCACUUGGUGAAGGCGCUCAGGGACACCAAGGGCCAACCCUUGAGCCCCUCCAGCCUUUUCAACAGCGCCACAGGGAACGUGAUCAACCACAUCCUUCUGGGCGAAAGGUUCGACUACCAGGACAAGGAGUACCAACAGAUCAUCUAUUUCAUCCUCCAUAGUUCUCAGAUUGAAAGCAGCUUUCCAGGACAGCUCUACAACAUGUUCCCCUCGAUCAUGGACCACCUGCCCGGCCCCCAUCAAACCAUGUUCCAAGAGACCUACAGUGUCCAGGACUUCAUCAACCGGAAGAUCGAGGAACACAUCGAAACCUUUGAUGCCACAGAUACGCCUCGGGACUUUAUAGAUGCCUUCCUCCUCAAAAUGGAACAGGAGAAGAGCAACCCCAGGACCGAAUUCACGAAGGAACAGCUGAUGUUAACCAUUAUUGAUCUGUUCUUUGCCGGGACAGAGACCACCAGCACCACCAUGAGGUUCAUCCUGAUGGUCCUGCUGGAAUACCCCUCGGUGCAAGCAAAGGUCCAGGAGGAAAUCGACCGGAUGAUCGGCCGUGAGCGGAUGCCUUCCAUGAAGGACCGUCCCGGGAUGCCCUACACCGAGGCCGUCCUUCACGAAGGCCAGCGCUACCUCGACCUGGUUCCGUCGGGACUGGCCCGCAGAGCAAGAAGGGAUGUGGAGCUGGAAGGCGUUGUCAUCCCAAAGGGUGCGACUGUCCUGCCCUUGCUGACCUCUCUCUUGAAUGAUUCCAAGCAAUUUAAAGACCCACACUGUUUCAACCCAGAACAUUUCCUGGAUGAGAAAGGGAACUUCAAGAAGAACGGAGCCGACAUACCUUUCUCUGCAGGCAAAAGGAACUGUCUUGGCGAAGGACUGGCCCGGAUGGAGCUCUUCCUCUUUGUCACCACCAUCCUACAGAAUUUCCACCUGAAGUUCCCUCCGGGGGUCACCAAGAUCGACCUCACCCCGGACAUCAGCGGCUUCCUGAACAUCCCGCGCCAAGUGCCCUUUUGCUUCUCCCCACGUUGAGGAACCUGCUCUUCUCCCAUGAAGUUCUGUCCUCGGUGUUGAUGCUGCCAUUCUAAUGACAUGAAACCAAAACUGAUCUUACUCAGACAUCAGUGGCCUCCUGAAUAUCCUGUGCAAAGUCCCGUUUUGAACAGCCCACUCUGCCUCAUGAAGUUCUCUCCUCCGUUUAUAUUUUGCUCAUUUAAUUACAAGACUCUGUUGUAAUUAA